UAGCCGGUGUAGUUUUGUCGCGUGCUCCUAUUAUUCUUAGAGAUCCACACCCCUUUGAACGUGAAUAUUAUUUAUAUCAACAACGAUUAGAACAUAUACAUGCUCCUCCAUUUCCCGUGGAUUUUUAUUUUAAAAAGGGUAGCAUAGCAGAAAAAAAGUGGAGAGAAAAAAAGGAAAGAGAAAAGGCAAAUGCAUUAUUAGCGUUUGGCUCUCGAAAACCUGAAAAUAAAGCGUCUUUUGACAAAACAACUAGUGCGAAUGAUGCUAUAGAUUCAAGUGAUGUUUCAACAGAGGAAGAAGAGAUAAAAAUUGCUAGUAGAAUAACGGAGGCCGAUUUAAAGAAUGAUAUCAAGUCACUUGAUAGGGCUUUACAGCGCACGUUAUACCUUAUCGUCAAGAAACCAAGAGAAUCCCAUUCAUGGCAAUUUCCUCAAGGCGGAGUUGAGAAAACGGAAAC